AGAAGAUUAAGUAUAUAUAAAGAAAGAGGUUGUUUUUUUGCACUUCACGGGUCAGCUGCCGAAUCUCUACUACAGAGGUAAUGCGCUUGGCUGAUCAUCAGAAAUAACCAGAAGCAGAAAUGAGUCUUGGGGCAGCCUGCAUUUUCUUGCGUGGAGGGAAAAACAUUUCACGAGAACUGGCGGAUGAUGAGAUUGAGGAGCUACGUGAAGCGUUCAAUGAGUUUGACAAAGACAAGGAUGGGCUGAUCAGCUGUAAGGAUCUGGGGAACCUGAUGAGGACAAUGGGUUACAUGCCCACUGAGAUGGAGCUGAUUGAGCUGAGCCAAAACAUCAACAUGAACCUUGGUGGCAGAGUUGACUUUGAGGACUUUGUGGAACUGAUGGCCCCGAAGCUUCUGGCAGAAACCGCUGGGAUGAUUGGCGUGAAGGAGCUCAAAGACGCCUUUAAAGAGUUCGACGUGGACGGAGAUGGAGAAAUCACCACAGAAGAGCUGCGUUCUGCCAUGACCAAGUUAAUGGGAGAGCACAUGAGCAGGAGAGAGAUAGAUGCCAUCGUGAAAGAAGCAGAUGACAACGGUGAUGGCACAGUAGACUUCGAAGAGUUUGUCAGAAUGAUGUCCCAUCAAUGA